UACGUUCGUAAUAAUAUUAUAAAUUAUUAUAUAAAGGGCCGGUGACGUAUUAGAAAACGCUUCAUUUUCGAAGUAAUCGUCGUCUACCCAUCACGUCAAAUUCAUCACGUUUUAAAAAAAUGAUCUUCCCGAAAUUUUUAAUCACGGUCGUGUUGUGCUGCUGUUUUUCAUUGGACAAUGCUUCGUGUAAACCUUUAACCGGUAAGUACGACAAUGUUAUUAUUAUGUUUCAAAAUGCGAUACAGAUUACGACGAUAUUAAUAUUCAUUUGUUUUACCUAUGUUAUUUUUCCGCAGACGGCCUGACACCGUGCAAGAAAACCGAUCCGAAACUGAACGAAUGUCUAUUGGACAUAUUGAAACGGGUUAAACCUCAGCUUUUUCACGGUACGUCUAUCAAAUGUCGCAGUAAAAAUUAAUGCAAAUAUAUACACGGCAUGGUCGGCUCUUUUUGCAGGCGUUCCGGAACUGAAUUUGCCGUCUCUGGACCCUUUAUACAUUCCUAAGGUGUCCAUCCACGGGACCCGGCAAGACAUCAGAAUGACCGGCGAACUGUACAAUUUGACCGCCAAAGGUAGCGAUUCGAUGACCGUUAAAACAUUAAAGUACGCUAAUAAACUCGUAAAUACCUACAGUGCAUAUGAACCGAUCAGGCGCAAUAAUCGUAAUAAAUAUGUUUUCAUCCCCGCAGUGUCGAUUUGGCAGAGAACACGUGGGAUAUGACCGUCGACAUUCCACUCGUUAUGUUCGUCACGGAUUUCAAUUUGAACAUAACGUUAAAAGCCUUGUAUGUGCCAAUUUACGGGAAAGGACGAUGCCACGGAAAAAUCAGUAAGUAUUCCAAUUAUAACUUAAAGAUUUUAGAUUCUGAGCGAAGCGAAAAUCGUAUUGGUAUUAUCACGGUAUGAAUUUAUUUGCCCGCAAAAAACUUUUCUACUAUCAAUCUUACUCUAGUCAUAAACUUUAUAGAGACUUUCUUGUGGAAUUUUCGAUUUAUUUUGGUGUAUUGCGGCAGUUUUUUUUUUAAUUUCCUUAGUAGUUUACCUAAUUAAUAGGAUACACUGGCAACUUGUUAAAUUUUUGUUGAUUUCUGAGUUUUCUGUUUUAACAACAAGGGAUAAAAUAUUAUUAAUAAUGCUCCACUCAGAAUCGUUUUUCGUUAGCACCAGUUCAUCGUAGCGUACUAAAAAAUAUUAAACUACCAACAAUGACACACCCAUCGGCAGCAUCGUUCUUUAUUUUUUUGAAAACAUUAAGCUGAAGAACAUUAUGUUUUGCCGAAUAUAAAAUAAACAGCCUUAUAAUAUUUUUUACUAGAUUAGAAUAAAUAUCAAACUUUUAAUACGUGUAUAUUUUACAUAUUGCAUUCAGUAGUUGAAAUAUACAAUAGGUAUUUUUACAAAAAAAAAAAAAAAAAAUGCAAUCGUAUAUUUUUAUGCUAUCGGCGAAUUAUGUAUUUAUGUUGUUAAACAUUCGAAAUGUUUGCCAAAAACAAAGCUACUCGUAUAGGUUCAAUACAUUUUAAAUUCAGAACGUAGUGAGAAAUCUAUUAGUUUUACUAUGAUGUUUACUAUUUCUCUAUCAGGAAUUUUUCACCGAUGAAUCAAGUGUUACAUCUUUUCUAAAAAGAAAUUUGGUUAGUGCAUUAGGGAGAUGAUUUAUCGAUUUUCUGAGAGACUUUCAUAAUAAUCGGGAAAAACGGUAAAGAGAAUUGUAGGUAAAACGGGAAAUAUUUAUGGCACACUUAUGACGUGACGUUACCAAUUUCAUUGGUUUUAAUUUUUUUUUUUUAUCUAUGUAUUCUACUAGAAAUAUUGCUAUAAUCACAAAAUACCUAGAAAUAUUUUUUGUUGAAUUUUAGAUAUAGUUUUUUACAAAAUAAGUAGUUUUUUUAUUUUCUAAGAAUUUUUCAUAAUAAUUUGAAAAGGCUGGAAAAACGAAAACUGAAAUUUGAUAAUUUUACGGCAUUAUAAUUCCUUUAUUUCCAAUAUUUACGCUUUAUGUUUUCUAGCAAAAGUAUUACUCCAAUAAAAAAACGACAAUCUUUUUUGUUGAAUUUUUAGUUUAGUAGGUGACCAAGAAAGUCAUUUUUUGAUUUUAUAUGUCUUUUAUAUAUUUGAUUUUAUUUUAAUUAAAUUUAAUGGAGCAAAAUCGAGAAGUACGUCGAAAGAACGGAGAAAUUUAGGAAAACAAUGCUUUUAUUGUUUUCAAUUUUAUUGUGAUUCAGUUAAAAACAUUCAUAGUCCCUUAAAAUGUUGAUAUAAAACGUAUAUUUGGUUUUUGAGUUAUUUAUAGAAAUUUUAAUUUUACGACUUUUGUACGCAAUUUUUAUUUUAUAGGUACUUACACUAUAGAUAAAAUCAUUUAACCAAACAGAAAUGCUUGCACAUUUAUUAGGAGGUGCAUUAUAAUUUGUAAAUUGUAUUUAAAGGUCAAAAAAAAGUUGAGUACAAUGUUUUUUUUUAUGAGAGUUCUACUAUCAAAUUUUGACGAAAAUCGUAAAUAUUACGCCCUUUCAAAACAUAUAUAACCGAACUUUUCACUGAAUAGUUUUUCGUUUGCAAUGGUUUAUCGUUGCUUACAAGUUAAAAUUAAAUAACUUUAUGUAUUCUACCUUCUCGACUUCUCACCUCGACACAUUGGUACAUCCAUCCCUAGUAUCGAACGGAAAACUUGGUAGUAAUUUAAGAAUAUUAUAUUCUAUCGCUUGUAUCGAUCUUAAUUUUCGUUUACGCAUUGAUUGAAAUAUAUACCUACAGCUGCACGGUUUUAUAAUUUUACCGAACAUACCUACAAAUUUAAAACUAAUGAUAUUUUAGAUUCUAAGUGGAGCGAAUAAACUUAUGGUUGUAUAAAAGUGUUAAUUUUUUUUUUUUUAUCUGUGCGUAACUUUUCCACCAGAAAUUUUGCUCCGAUUUACAAUAAUAGCACUUUUUUUUAAAAGGAAAUCUGACCAGGGAGGUACUUUAAAUUGGUUAUUUUUCGAUUUCCCCGAGAGUUUUCUUAACAAAUGGGAAAAAUCGGGAAACCCGAAAAAAACCGUAGGAAAAACGGGAAAAUUGGAUCAAUAUCAAACAAAUAUUAUUUAAGAAAGUAUAUAAUGUCUAUUUAAUUAUUUUACCAUAUAUAUAUCUAUUGUUGACAAAGCAACACUAUCAACUGAACUCCGUUCAGAAUCGUUUUUUCGUUACCAAUGUUUUAUCGUUGCUUACAGAUAUACAUUGAAUUUCCUUUUGUAUCCUACCUUCCAAUUUUAUCACUUACAACAGUGGCUACACCCGUCCCCGUUAUCCCAUAUCCUAGAACAGUUUUUUAAUUGUGUGCUUUUAUAUUAAAUAUUCAGGCCACAGCGUCGUUCGUUUUCACGCCAACACUGAAGUGAAAGAUAACAAACUGAAGUUGAAAAACAUCAAAAUGAAUUUAUAUUUUGAAGACGUGGACGUUCACAUAACCAAUACGCAGAACCCGACAAUAGGUAAAUGGUUGUUUUAAUAUUAGUAUCGUUUAUCGUGGCCGUUAGCCUAAAUUCGCGUCAUGGUUCGAGUACAUAAUCCACAGAUAAACUCAAACUAUGAUGCCUACUAAAAAUUUUCCAGGUUGUGGAAUUUGUCCGUUGACGCAUCCCGUAAUCACUUCGUCAAUAUGCGAACGUCGAACUCUGUUAUUUACUUUUAAAUAUUAUUUUCGUUUAGUGUAUUCGUAUACUCAACAUCCAGUCGAUAAAAUAAUAUUAAAACGUUUAGUGGUUACGAUUGUUUUUGUGACGCGAAUUAUGAAUACGAAAUGAACGUAGAAAACUACUUAAAAUAAUAAUUUAUUCAGCAAUGGAUUUUCUACGAAAAUAUUACGGCGGUAUUAAUUUUUAAUGAUAUAAUUAUUAUUGUCUUCGCGAUUUUUCGCUCGCAAUACGUUAAAUAUUUACUCAUAUUAAUUGACUAGUAUUAUACUCACAUUAUAUUUAAUAGAAUAUCGUUUGUGCUGAAGUUCAAUGAAUUCGGUCUUGUGUAAAGAAUAGUUUUAUUUCGUAUUCAGAAGUUUCGUUGUGUAUUUGAAUAAACAAGUGAACACGCAUUCAGAAUACGUAUUCGGAUAUUUUUUUUCGACAGUACAAAAGUAUUCGAAUACAAAAAAAAAAAAACGAUUCAAAUAUAUUUUAGUUCGAUUAUUUUAUACAACCACUGUCGAUAAUAAUAAACUGUUAACUCUUUAACAGAGGGAGGAAAGAAACUAAUUUAUACAAAACAUAUUUAUGACCUAGUUUGGAUUAAGUUUAUUUAAAAAAAAAAAAUAUAAAAAUGCAAAAUAGGUUUAAAAAUUCGAUUUCAAAUACAUUUUUUGUUUGCAAUACAAUUUGCCGACUAAUGAAAACAAAUAGGCAAAAAUAUUUAAAUAAAUCGAAAAAUAGAAAAUAUUCCUAGAAUAUAAAAAAGAUAAAUAUAGUUUCAAAAUGCAAAAACAAUUUAUCUCUAAUGGAUACAUUUAUUUUAAAAUAUUUAAGUUGAGUACACAUUUUGUUUAAGUUUGCAGUGGUUUAUUUGCCAUCGUGUUUUUCUCAUCAAUAAUACGGAACCCGGGAUGGGAAAAAAAAUUAUCAUAUUUUUUUCUUUUUAGUAUUAUUACUCAAGUAUAUCAAUAGUUGAUCAAUAAAUUGAUUUUAUCAAUGAGACUCGCUCAUUAAGACGUUCUAUUUUAAUUAAUAAAUAUUAUAGUCUUAAAAUUUCCAGAUGCACAAAAUCGUUUUGAUUAUUUCUGUCGUGGUAUACUCGAAAUAAAAUUAUUUCAAUAUUAAUUUUGUAUACGUUUUGCGAUGUAGGUUACAAUAAUGAAAAACAAAUUAGAACACUGUAGUCAAUGGGACGUUUGAAAUGUAGAGGAUAUAGAGUAAUUUAAUUAAUAUACUAUAAAAGCAACACCGUUUCAAUCAAAAACCGUUACUGAAUGUAGUAGUAUUUUUUAGUAGUAUUGGGCAUGUUUUUCCCCUUCUAACUUUUAGGUGAAUCUUGAAAUCAAUAAAGAUACCGAUGUAACGAUAUUUGCUGUCAGUUUUAAAUCAUACAGAAAAUAUGUCGGGAAUUUAGUAAUUUAAUAACACGUAUCCUUGUAAAACUAUGAUACCUACACAAUCUUAACACAACUCAGAAUCUAAAAAAAAAAAAAAACGAACUGUAUUAUAAAUAUAUUUGAUUGAUUUUCCGCAGCGCAAACAGCGUCAGAGUUUUUCAACACGAACAAGCGUCUGGUACUCGACCUGAUAACGCCGAUCGCUGAAGACGCGGCCACAGAUUUGCUUGUCCAGCACGGAAACAGAAUUUUGUCUACCAUGGAGAUCACGGACCUGCUGGUGGAUUGAUGAGUUUUGUGUAGUCGGCUGCAGGCUGCAGCGCCGAAUUCAUAUUUUCCAAAACACCGUUCGAGUGAUGAUAUACGCGAGACGGCUUACUAUUGAUUAAUCAUAUACCUACCUAACUUAUUAUGCCAUUAAAUAUACACAAUAUUAUAAAACAUUAUACAUGAACCUAUACCGCUCUUAUACGAACGACUUUGGCGUGAACCAUGACGUGUAUAUUGUACUACUAUACGUUCCUCUUGUACAGAAUAAUAAUUGUUUUGUAAUAUCAUAAUUUAUUUCCGGCACUGUAUUAUUUAGUAUUGUCAUUAAUGAGAUAAUAUUAUGAUAAUUCAAAAUAUACGAGGUGUCCG